AUGACGGCCUCCACCGAACUCCUCUCGCUCGCCUCGAGCAUCAUCAAUACUGACAUGGUCUUCUCACCGCUACUGCACUCCGCCAAUACCCGCCGCGCCUCGGGCGCAGAGCCGCUGAGCGCCAGCUCGCCGCGAUUUGGCGAUGCCUACGUGGCCAGCCCCAAGCGCGACCCUCUCCGCGACGGCUAUCGCGCCACGCCCCCGGCCUCGUCUUGGCGUCAUGCCGCCACCAGCUCGUACACCGGUCGCGAUGGUUCUCCGUGGUACACCGAGGCCCGCAGCUCACCUUUCGCCUCCUCGGCGGCCCGAGACUAUGCCACCAUCGACCUCGACACUGGCAUCGGCGCUACCGGCGGCGGCCAUGCUGCUGGAGAUCCUAGCCUGCACUAUGGCGACAGUGGCAACGCCGAGAGCGUGGUGGCACUGCUCAAUGCCGCCGCUGCCGUCCAGGAGUCCAGCAAGCACGGCGAGCGCUCCAACGAGGAACGCUUCCCGUCGCCCUCAGCCUUCUACCAACAGGGGGCCCCUCCCUACGGCUUCCCGCCUUACUCGCAGUCGGCGCAUGCGCAGAGCUUCAGGCCCGCCACCGGGCUCGGUUUCACCCAGUCGCCCAACCUCGGAUUCGCCCGGCCCUACCGAGGACCCGAGGAUGGCCCCACGCCCUACGCACCGCCAGCCACCGUCGACCCGCAGGCGUCCUCUGGACCGGACGGCGGCUCCUCGGCGCGACCGAAGCUCGAGGAAGACGACGGAUCGCAUCGCACUACGCUGCAGCAGCCCCCUGCACCGCGCCCCAAGAAGGACUCGUCGAUGCCCAAGAUCUCGGCAACGCCAGUCAAGACUCCUGCCAAGCGCGGCCGAAAGAAGAAGAACGCCACCGACUCGGACGCCAAGGGGGCCGGAUCUCCGUCGGGUGCCGCUGGCGCAUCGGCCUCGAACGCAACUGAGGCCACGCAACAGGCAGCCACCAGCGCUACCUCGUCGAGCUACCCCAACUACAACUACAGCAGCUACAACAACCCCGCCGGCCUGCCCGGAUCCGCCUUCGCGUCGGGCGAUGCGCUGAGCUCGCUGGCCAGCCACGCCGCUGCCGACGCAGCAGCCACGAGUGCCGCUGCCGCAGCCUUGGCGAGCAGCACGCCAGCCUCGACCUCGAAGACGGCAGCCAAGAUGGACGAUGCCGAUGCCUCGCCCAGCCGCGGCAAGACCGAGAGUGACGCUGGAGGCCCGAAGCUGCAUGAGUGCGAGUCGUGCGGAAAGACGUUUAGCCGACGCUCCGACCUCGCCCGCCACCGCCGCAUCCACACUGGCGAGCGCCCGUACCCCUGCGAGUAUCCGGGCUGCGGCAAGAGCUUCAUCCAGCGGUCCGCCCUCACUGUCCACUCUCGCGUCCACUCGGGCGAGCGUCCUCACCAGUGCGAAUUCGAAGGGUGCGACAAGAGCUUCUCGGACAGCAGCUCGCUCGCGCGCCACCGCCGCACGCAUACGGGCCGCCGACCCUACGUCUGCCAGCACCCCAAGUGCGGCAAGAUGUUCACCCGACGCACGACGCUCAACCGCCACGCCCGCUGCCACCAGCCGGGCUACGUCAAGCCCAAGAGCCGAGGCAAGGGCCGCGGCGUCGGCAAGAAGAAGACAGCCGACGCCGGCACGUCCGAAGCCGGCGCGAGCGUCAGCGACGGCGAAGAGUCCGGCUCCGAGGACGACGAGGACGACGACGAGGACGUCUCGGGAGAUGAGGAGGACAUUUCCAAGGCGAGCGCGUCGCCAGACGUGUCGUCCAAGACCGAGCAGAGCACCCCGGCCAGCGCGGCAGGGCGGAAGCGGGCGGCUAGCGGCAGCGGCCGCAAGAGCUCGCCCAGCAAGCGCACCAACACCGGCAAAAAGGCCGCAGGCGGCGCCCAAGACGAGGCGGUCGUGACGCGCAUGAACCGCUCCGCGUCCGACGCAGAGGCCGCCAUGACGCUGGCGCAGGCGGCCCUGCAGGCGCAGUUUGGGGACUCGUACUACCAGCAGCAGGCGCAGCAGCAGCAGCAAGGCGGUGCUCAACCGGCCCGAACUGAUGCGCUUGGCAUCCAGCUGGACAAGGAGCAGGCGCCUGCCGCCAAUCUCUGGGGCAACGGCGGCAGCUUUGCCAACUACGCCGCUGGCUUCCCUGGUCCGCAUGGCGGCGCUGCGGCUCUGCUUGCAGCGAGCAGCCACCAGCACAGCUUCCAGCCGGACCUCUCCUCCAGCGAGUCGAACGACGCCAUAGAGGCGGCUGCAGCCGUGCUCGGCGGGUUUAGCUCGGCAUCGCAGCCUUACGCCGCGACCACCGGUCAGGGUGGCGAGGCCGAAGACGCCCUGCAGGCCAUGGCCAGCCUGGGCAGCCGAGCGAUGGAGUCGAACCCGGCGCUGGCCAGCAAGAGCGUGCGUGACAGCCUGUCGCUAUCCGAGGCGCAGCUGCUGCUCGACGCGGCGAUGAGCCCGGCCUCGGAGCAUGCGACGAUCCCGCCCGAGGGUGACUCUGACGAGGCGGGCAAGGCGUCCACGUCCAAGGGCGCCACUCGCGGUCGGGGCCGUGGCCGACCGCGCGGCAGCGGACGCGGUGCGGCGAUGACUGCAUCGGCGCCAGGCCGCGGCGGUGGCGCCCAAAGCGACGAUGCGACGCUCCCGUCGGAACCCAACGGCCAGGCCCAGCAGCCGACGUCGAUCUCGUCCUCUGCUGCGGCUGAGCCGGCGACGACCUCGACGGAUGGCGCGGACGCGCCCAAGGAGGCCGAGGACGUGGCGGCUGCCGAAGGCGCGCCUGAUGCCGUCGCCGCUAACGAGGCGUCGGCGUAA